ACUUUUUUUAUCUAGAACAAAUUCUCACGCGGUAGUGCUCAGGCUCUUUUGAUUAAUGUCUCAGUGAGAAGUUAGAGGUUAUCAAGAUGCCUCUCUUCAAAGACUUAUUGCAUCCAUCUCUUGAAGAAGAAAGGAGAAGGCAUAAAUUUAAUCGCCUUGUGCCAUCGCCAAACUCAUAUUUUAUGGAUGUAAAAUGUCCAGGAUGUUAUAAAAUAACGACAGUAUUCAGUCAUGCGCAAACUGUUGUGCUUUGUGUCAGCUGCUCCACAGUUCUUUGCCAACCAACAGGAGGAAGAGCUAGGCUAACAGAAGGCUGCUCAUUCCGUAAAAAGCCACAAUAAGACGACGUCCGUUAUUUUUUUGGAAGGUGUAUUUUGCUGGUUAUGGAAAAGACUUUCCUGUAAAUAAUUUGUUGUGGUUUUUUUACUGAGACAGCGCCCUAUCUGCAUCAAAAAGAAAUAGAUAUUUGUGAAUUGAUAAAUUUGUGAUUUCAUGUAAGGUAUUUUAAUGCAGUCCAAAUUUUUUAUAAGAAAAUAAAUUCUAUAACUGGCCUUAUUCAUCUUUCACUAAA